GAAAACAAAAACAAAGGGACAGAGCCGUAGCAGUAAAUUGGUAGUUGGGAAAAAAGAAAAAAGUUUCAUCCAUUACUUUGUCGAAAAAAUGGGUGAAGGACUCCGUCUUGACCAAAAGGCCACGGAAGCGACGCCAGAUUUUGAGACGAAAAAUCUGCGUAGAAAGUAGAACAAAAAAAUUCAUGUAGGUCCCGAAUCUUGCGUCCGAAACCCGCAGUUUUGAAACUACCUGCGCGUCCGUUGUCGUACGCCCUGAGACAAGAAAAUGACGGACGGUGGGACAAAUCGGCCUGGGACCGAAUUCAAGGGGACGCGAAUUUUCAUCAACAAUGUCGACGAAUACGUUCCUGGCGCUCUCUGCGCUGAGAUGCGCCUACAGGGCGAUGUCUUUCUGUCCGGCACAUUACGAGGAGGAAAGAGGUGCGGGCAGGUAUCCUUAAGGUUGUUUUAUAGAACGGAACACAGCUCAGUUGGAGAUUCAGGGCUAUUCAUCGAAAUACAACAGGAAUAGAAAGAUGACCAUUGAUUUUGUACACGACCUUGCGUCCGUUGCUUGAUAGGCGACGACCUACCUAGCUUUGAGAGCGAUGAAGGCGAACUCUACCUGACUAAAUUGAAUUACGACCACAAACACAAAGACAAAGCACAGCUCUAGAGGACUGUAAGACUUACUCUACUCAGAAUUCUUUCCCCUCUUCUUCGUCCAGAUCCCCUCUUGCGUUCGGCGGGUUCUGUCGCGUGUGAGCCCAAGCGAGAUGAUGUCGCACAUUCUGCAGAACGAUGUCAUUGUUUACGAUAUGCACUCCUGCGAUCUAGAGGAGCUUGAGCUAGUGGUUUCCGCUUUAAAUGCCAACAGUUUCACAAAACCGACGUGUCUCGUGCUUGUCUCUUCGCUUCUCACCUGGUCCCGAACCGUCUGCCCAGGACCUACGACAAACGACCCGCAGCCUAUGGUGGUAGGUUAUGCAGUAGAUUUUAAGAACUUCUGUCAAUAGGAUCAUAUAGACCAGUCAAUCUCGUCUACUCAUACAAAUUGCUGGCCACCUAUUGAUUUUUUGAAACCGGUCGAGGAAUACUAAGUGAUUCAUAGUUUUUUAGCCUUCCAAACGAAACUCAUCGUUUAUUCAGGGAUCGACGGGGGUGUCGAAAUUCAAGGUUGGUUACAGUCACAUAGAGCCUACGUCAUUAUCAGAUGCAGACUGGGAGUCUCGAAUACCCAGUGUGAGGUGGUCUUCUUCUGAUUACCUUCGUUUAAAUGUGAGGGUUCGUUUUGAUAUUUUUACGACACAUCGAAUUAGGACAAGUCGUCGCAGAUUAUUUGCUUUUUCAAUCUGAAGUUCAACCCACCCCCUUUGUGUGCGACAUACAGAUACGCAGACUCGACGGUUUUAUCGCCAAUAGGUAUUUCAAGAAGCUUAGGUUAGUCCUUAUCCACAACAGAUACGCAGACUGGAAGGCGUUUGAGCUUCUAUGGCUGGGUCUGGGCAAGAAGUCGAACGUGCGAGCCUUUGUGGUGGGUGCCGGGAUUCUGUACGGGAAUGGUGAGCAGAUAUUCCAAAAUUGGUUCAGAGCCUGCUACAACAGGGAUUUUGAGAAAAACUUCACCAUCGGCGACGGCAGCAACUUCUUGCCAUUGGUGCACUGCAGAAAUCUUGCGAGGUUGUGAUGAGAAACUUUAACUUUUGUUGUGAAGGUUCGCUUCUGUUGUGAAGGUUAGGUUGAUAGCAUCAACAUCUUCCACAACAUCUUCCACAGUGGAUCCACGCAUACAUCUUUCACUCAUACAUCUUCCACAGGUUCACGCGGUACAGUGUAUUUCAGCCGGGCGACGCGAGGCAGACGUAUUACGUCGCGGUAGACCAGACUGCAGCCACCCAAAAGCAGAUUUUGGACAGUAUACGACUAGCGUACGAAGAGGACGAUCCGCGACGGAUUAGAGCCCAUCCUAUGGCUUUUACCCCUACAGUAAAUCCUUAAGUACAUCAUCCUUGGUCUCUUUUUCAAGGGGAAAAAGCGCUCAGGGAUGGCCUCAAGGAUGCGACGCGGUAGCUCUAAGCAACGUGAGGCAACGAAAGCGGAGGAACCACCUGCCGAGGAAGGUGGUGACGCAGGCGAAGGCGCUGACACGAGCAGGGUACUAGUCCCUUAUUGCUCCCACUAACUUUUAGUCAUACUAGACCUUCAUUGCCGCUAUUGCUUGGUUCAACUAGAAACAUAACACUUACCAGUGCUGUCACUGUUCUGCCGUGACUGGAACACACGGAAGUAGGGCUCAUGAUGAUCAUCAUUAAACGACCAUCGUUUUGUUACGAACACUCUUUUCCUCCUCUGAUGAACAUCAUAAGUGCUUAAAUUCCAAUAAAAUUGAAAUUUGUUUCCAUACUCACUCUUCUUGGUCAGGAAGACAGCACUGCCGCUAUUUUGACCGAGGCUUUGCAUGGCUCGUUGCACAUCGAGCAGGUCCUUUUGAUGGAGAAUGCUGAUAUUCUGGCCACAAAUCUAAAGUUCAAGCCUUCCGCAGAGAUGUUUCAUUAUGGUCAAGUUUUUUUUUCCAUUUACUGUCUCAACGUCUUGUUCGUAUACUUUAUUUCCCAUUGAGGAAUACCAAUACAAUACAGACACCAAACAAGAGUGUAGGCGUGCCUGUUCCUGUUGUACUACAACAAGAGAAAGAAGAGAAGUACCAAGCACACUCUAAUUUCAGUUUGCGAACUGGUGUGGAGUUGGUUUCUGUAGUAGCGCAGACGUGGUGGCGGAGGAGUAUCGGACAUGGCGCGGACUCACGCCGCUGAAGGCUAUUCUAAGGCUAGUUGUUCACAACUAUCGUCCCAUGUGGUCCGACCAUGGUAAGUGGAGUGGACUUCCCCUUGAUUUAAAGGGGAAAAUAGGGGGGGAAAGAGGGGAACCCACUCCGCCAGGCAUAGUGAAAGACUAGCGCUAACUAUUGUCGCGGGGGAACCGGGAACCUACCAACACUUUUUACCUGCGGUAGCGGAAUACUUUCAGAUCCAGAUACUGACGAUCAAGGGUAGCACCAUUAUACAUAGAUAGAUUUCUCAGAAUUAAAUAAGCACUUGUCAGACUUGGUGGAAGCAAACCGCCUUUCUCCUAGUACAACACAACGAACUUCUUCUACAUGAUCUUCAUGAUGCUAUGCAUCGGUAUCCAGAUAUCGUCGCUGAGUUCCUCGAGCGAGAAGAACGGGAUCUGUAUUUCCGCAUGACUGCGCACAAGAAGUAUCUGGAGACAAAUCCGCCACCUGCUGAAGAGGAGCCCAGGUUCGCUGAGUAUGAGCCAGUGCCAACACCGGAACUCUCUGAAAUCGCACAGAAGGCGAAGGAGUUGCAGUAUGAUGCUGCAAACGAGGAGGAAUUGCCUGUAAUACGAACUUUAUUACUGCAAAAGCUGAACUCAAGCCGCUGCCGAACAAAGGGUUACGUCUUCGACUCCUGGCCGGUCGGAUGUAUGAGCGGGGAAUAAGUGUUGACUUUGCAAUAGGAGGCACUACGUAAUUGAAUUAACCUCUCCAUGCAUAGACUUGCAUUGCUUUAGAAGAGGCACCAUGUGACAAAUGACAUGUAUAAUUCAGGUCCUCGUGCCAAAGAUGCACAAGUAAUAUAAUAUGCUUACAGUCACAAGUAAUAUACUUAGUCUGGAAAGGCGCCAUAAUACUUAGUCUGGAAAGAGGACGCCAUUAAAUACAUCCUCCCCCACGGACUCUAAGGAAUUAACGGAGGCAACAGAGUAUUUUUCGGAACUGCGAUAUAUUCCGCCACCACCGCCGCCAGAAACACGAUCAACACGUAGUAGUCGGAGUAGUCGGCGUUCACAGCCAAAUACGAGUUCUGCCACUGCAACGGAAAAUGGCGAGAGCGCGGCGCCGUCAGAGGCGGACGGGGGCACUUCGUGGACAAGUGCUGCUGGCGCAGCGAAGGUUGUGCCAGAGGAGCCCCAAGGCCACUACGAACGCUUCCUAUUGCCCACUGCGCCAGACAUUUUGCUCCUAUUCGAAGCAGACAAGGGGUUGCGAAGAACAGAACGCAGGCUCUACCCAGAUUUAUACGGGUGUAUGGCUAGGAUCAUGGAUAGGAUAGCAUCAGGAGCAGAAGUAUGACAAGUUCCUACAGAGUAACUAGUUUUCGAGUCCCCUUCAUACCUCCUCAUUCCUGGUAAGUAGUUUUUAUUCCUACUAGUUUUCCACUCCCCUUCAGACCCCCGUAGUCUCAUCCUACUUCUACUAGUUUUCCAUUAUUCUCCUACUAGUUUUCCACUCCCCUUCAUGCCCCCUGUCGGAGAGGAAAGCAGCGGAGAGGAAAGUACAACAGAGUCCUCAGAGCUCUUGCAGCGGGUAAAAGCGGUAGAGGCGCAAGCUAUCGAACUAGCAGCCAUGGAUCCCGAAGCUGAAGAUAGACCUGAAAAGAUCGGCUCCACUUUGGAUUUCUUUGAUUAAGGCUUUAAGUACUCUCUUACAGGUGCACAGCUUGAGAGGCGUCUUUGACCCCUUUCUGAAGACUUCUUUGGUCCCGCUUUCUUUGGGAGCCAAGAAGAUGAGAACGACUUUCAAGAACAUUUUUGAAUAAUUAGAAUUUAGAAGGCGACAAGUAGCUCUAAUUACAGGAGCAUGGUCGACUGCAUAAGUGCAGCCUGAACAGUCUUUUCAACGACUUCGCGGAUGCAGCGAGAGAGGAACUCGACUCGCGAAAACCGGAGUCGGAAGGUGCUAGUAGACCAGCAACAGCAGCAGCAGAGGAAGAUAUGACAUCAAUGCAUUUAGAUCGAUUUAUUUUUGAUCUAGUUCCUACUUCUGAUUUAGUUUCUAGGUCUGAUCGAGAUUGGAUAGUCGGAGUCUAGAUCUAUAAUUUGAAAUUCAUGCUCAUCAUGAUAUUAGGCGUGUGUCGAAAGAGCCUUGCCUUAUCUUUACGCACUGUAUAAUAGCUGUUUCAUUACAGUGAUAGUUUUUGACCUUUCAACUUUCAUUCCUUGAGAAAAGCCCGAGCCGACGCCGGAGGAGGCAGCGGAGGCUGAGCGGGAGCGCGUUGAGGCUGAGAGGAUAGCGGAACUCAAGAGGCAGAGGCGUGAACGGGCACUUUUCGUAGUCAAGAAAAAUUGCUUCUUGCAAAUGGUAGCCAAAUGCUACGAAAAUAUGAAGGGAGGUGGCACGAAAUUUCGCAACUUCCUUCCACCACUGGAUGUCGAACGCGAUGGCGGACCUAUAGCAAAUGAAGGCGACGAGACAAGGUUUCUCCUCUCUAAAUGUGCUUGUGGUGAUGUUGACUUUGUCGAGUUAAGUACGUUAAAUAUUCACAAAUUGAAGAUGAGAAUGACUGGCUGAAUCCUAUGAGUUGUUACAAGAACUGCUCAUCUCACACCUGCGUUUCAUCCCACAACUACAGAGCCAUCGGCUUUGCGCUUGAUGAGGACAGUCCAAAAGAGCGCGCAGAGAAGGAGGCCCAUCACCGCCAGGUGCAGCAAAAAACGGAAGCAGAAAGGAGAUAUCAGGAAAAACUCAAACGCGAAGAAGAAAGUCAACUGGAAGAAGUGUAUUUGUUAUGAGAGUCCACUGAUGUUGUGAGAGUGCUCUCCUGAUGAUGAUCCAGGUUUAUCCUUUAUUUGCAUACUCCCGUACCCUGGAAACCAACGGUUCGAACGGGUCACACGGAUUCAUUCUCAAAAAUUAAUAUUCUCUAGGUCCGAACCGCUGCGCAAGUAUAUGGCGGAGUACGUCACACCGCAUGUGACGGAAGCACUGAUAGAAAUCUGUCGGGUCAUGCCGGAAGACCCGGUCGAUUACCUUGCGGAAUUCCUCUUCUUCAAAUCGGAGGAGCUUAAGGGACCUGAUCCGGAUAACUAGGACAGGGGGGUCGUACUGCUGCUGCGCAUGUGAUUGUAGAUCGAGUGCAAGUACAUAGGAGGGCUAGUAGCGUUGAUGUGACGAAAUCCUGAGGAGAUUUCCAAGAGUUGAACAUUUCUCUAUUUACUUGUUACUAGUGUGAGCCUUUUGUUACGUUUCUGAUACCGUAGAGUUUCAUGGUUCGAGUGAUUCAAGUCCUUGAAUGAAUAGGAAUUUAAGCAAGGAAGUUCUUCCUCGAUGUGUAUUUUGGGCUACCCUGAGCUCGUUCCAAAUUAUGCAGUUAAUGUUUCAGACAAUCUUACCUCUUAAUGCAGUGCCCCUGACAAAAAGUUACAACCUGUUGCAAAGUGACAUUUCAGAAUCACGAUUGGAGACGCUUGAUUAUGCUUGAGCAUGUUAACGUUGUUAAGCGGGUGAUAUCAAGUGAGACGAAAAUGAAGAGUAGUAAUUUUGUCAUGACGACAAC